CAAUAUAACGCCUAAAAUUGAUGGCUUACACUUGAAGUGAGAGUCCAUUAAAAAGCCCAAGAAGCAGCAAAAGCUAAAAAGUCCAGUGAAUGAAACACGUUCCUCGUGUUGAUGCUGCUCCCUCCCACCUUCGAUCCUUCUCAAUUCAUCCAAUCUCAUUUCUCUCACAUUCAUCCCCUUUUCCCCUUCCCAGUCCCAUAAUCACCCUUCCUUCACUUCAAUCCCAAACAAAACCACCAUCACUCCCAUCCCAACAAAAGCACAAACCUUUCCAAAACACAAACAAAAAAGAAAAAGAAAAAAAUGACAACAACAACAUCAACAACGUUAGCGUCAUUGCAAAGCCACGCUCUGUUCCCCUUCUUCCUCAUGUUCCUGGCCAUCUACCUCCUGGGCUACCUCGUACUCUUCCGAAGAUCCGACCCGAAGAUCCGACCCGAAUUCUCGAGCUGCCUGAUCUCGCUCGCCCACGGCACCCCCGCCGCGCUCCUGGGCGCCGCAGCCAUCCUGAGCGACGAGCGGCCGGGGUUCGCGGCGGCCAACACGGCCUUCCAGAAGCUGGUCCUGGACUACAGCGCCGCCUACUUCCUGACGGAUCUGAUCCACUACGUGGCGUUCUACCCUAACGACGUGCUCUUCAUCGCGCACCACCUCGCCACGCUCUUCGUCGUCCUCACCUGCCGCCACGCCGUCUCCCACGGCGCCUUCUCCGUCCUCGUCCUCCUCGUCCUCGCCGAAACCACCAGCGCCUGCCAGAACGUCUGGACCCUCGCCGGCGCGCGCCGCCUCCACGACCCACGCGCCGCCUCCCUCUACCACGCGCUCUCGCCUCCCUUUUACGCGCUCUAUUCCCUCAUUAGGGGCUUCGUUGGGCCCUACUUUAUGUACCGUAUGGUCGCUUUCUACGCGCGUGGGGGCGCGCGUGGGCUUGUGCCCGCUUGGGUUUGGGUUUCGUGGGUCUUGGUUGUUGUUUUGGCUAUUGGGGUUAGCAUUUUGUGGAUUUUUAAUCUUUGGGUUCAGUUCUUUAGGGAAAGGAAGGGGAAAUUGGAGGAGAAAAUUCGAUAGGCCUUAAUUUAAUUUAAUUAAUUAACAUUGUUUUCUCUCUCUCUCUCUAUAAACAUUAUUAUUCUAAAACUGGAAAUUUUUGGGUCUUUGAUUUUGUUUUUUUUUUGUUUGUGUUUAUUUGGGUUUUAUUUACAUAUGUGGUUUUAGCUAAAUUAAUGUUUCUCUUUUUGGAUUUUGGGGGAAAUUGAUUCAUUAAUUGGUGUGAUUUUCUUGGUUCUUGGCAUGGGAUGUUUUGCUAUGAUGAGUUGAAUUCAGUGAUGAAAUUUAAACUUU